AUGUGGAACCUGGGAGUCCAUGCCCCCAACUCAUAUCUCCCCGAUUCCAGAAAUUUUGCUACCAAUAAACCCCCUCCCAUGCCCUUACCGACACCAACCCCACCCAGCCCGCAGACCCUUCUGGUCCGCAGCUGUCGCCUCUGCUUCAGCCGCAGCCGCCACAGGCCUGUAAGUGCAUUCCUGAGCUCUGACCUCAAGCGGCGGCUGGGGGCGCUGAGAGUGGAGAUGGACCCCUUCCGUCCGGGUGGGCUGUGUGUUGGCCAAGGAGACCUAAGAAGAGAUGAGUCACCUCCCAAGCCCUCCCUGAGUGCCUGGCCCAGCUCGGUGGCACUUGCCCGCAGUAACGUGACCCUGCGAUGCUCGACUCCUACCAAGGAUGUAAACUUUGCUCUCAGAAAGGGAGGAAAGGUCUUGGAGCUCUUGCAAUCACCUGAUUCCACAGAGGGCCAGGCGGAAUUUCACCUGACGGAUCUAAAAAGCACUAAUGCUGGAGAGUACACCUGUGAAUACUACAGAAAAGGCCGUCCCCACAUAAGUUCACAGCCCAGUGAUGCCCUGCAACUACUGGUGACAGGGUAUUUUUCUAAACCUUCCCUCCAAACCCACCAAAGGGGUGUUGUGACUGAAGGAGCAGAGGUGACCCUGCAGUGCCAGAGGCCAGACACUGAAAUUGUGGCUGUAAUGUUUGCCCUACUGAAGGCAGGAACGCCAAUGCCCGUGCAGCGCCGGAGUCCAGCAGGGAAGGAGACAGACUUCUCCCUUCAGAAUGUGAGCGUCGGUGACACAGGGAACUACAGCUGUGUGUACUACCAGGCAAGGGCCCCUUUCUUGGCCUCCCACCCCAGUAAUCACCUUGCGAUCCGGGUCACAGGUAAGAUUUUUACCAGCGGGAGAACCAGGGCUGGAUAAUCUUCCUGCCACCUGAGGGAGUGGACUGGAGGGAGGUUCUGUCCCUCCAAGACUCUGGAGCUUGGAAAAAUCACUUGAGCAGGAUGGCUUUAGGGCCAGGAUCCUGCAGAACAGUGGAGCAGAUCUUGUUUCAAGAGCCAAUGCAGGUGGUGGAGAACCACAUAAAAGGAGGCUGGGCAGGGGCUUCCCACCAUGGAUGAU